UUUAUUUCGUCAUCAAUCUAUGGGUAUCAGACAAGGCUGAUUCUUCAUCUUCAGGAUGUUUUUAUUAUGACCACUUAGGAAACGGCAGCCUAAAUUGUAGAGGAGAUCGAGUCGUUAUUCAUUGCUUAUAAAAUAUGGCUGCAAGCCAAACUAUUUAUGGUUUGCCUGUCGAUUGUGAUGAUGGUGACGUAAAACUUAUACGUAUCAAAGUUAUAGAAGGAGUCAAUCUAGCUAAAAAAGACAUCUUUGGAGCAAGUGAUCCUUAUGUAAAGAUUUCAUUAAUUCAGAAAGGCAUCCUUAUUGAUACCAAACAAACUCAUGUUGUGAAAAAGUCUCUCAACCCAAAAUGGUACGAAGAUUUCAUAUUUCGAGUGAAUCCAGAAAAUUGUAUCAUUCUUCUGGAAGUAUUUGAUUCAAAUCGAGUGACACGAGAUGACUUCUUAGGAUUAAUUGAAUUAAAUCUCAACCAUAUGAGUAUUUCAACUGAAAGGGCUGGUAGGGAUAUAACAUGCAAGAACUUUGUCCUUAGACCAAGAAGUUCUCGCUCAAGAGUCCGGGGACAUUUAUCACUUUACUUGGCAUACUGUGGAAAUGAAGAGGAAGAGGAAAUAGAUGAUACAGAUACAGCAUCAGGAAUCACAUCAAAUGAGCAGCCAGGCUGGGAAGUUGUGGAGCUUGAAGCAGCCACACCCACAGAUGUAGGAGCCUCUGGGCCUACUGUAAAUGAACAUGAAACAAAUCAAAACUUAAACCAACCAUUACCUCCAGGCUGGGAACAGCAAAUGGAUCCAUCUGGAAAAGUCUAUUAUGUCAAUCACACUACCAGGACAACACAGUGGAAUCGACCUACAGAAUCAUCCACCCUGCCUCCAGGAUGGGAAGAACGUACUGAUGCUAAUGGUAGAUUUUAUUAUGUUAACCACAACACAAGAACAACACAGUGGGAGAGACCUACAGGAGGAACAGAUUCACUUUCUGCUAUAGAUGUACAACGUCAGCGUAGUUUAGAAGCACAGCAGUUGUAUAGAAAUCGUAGACAUAUUAGCCAAGAUGACACACUAAGUCUUACUUCUUCAGUCAGUGAAGUAAAUUUACAUGGAGAGGAGGAGAGAAGGAGACGAAGUAUGCCAGGUUCUCAAAAUGGCAGUGAGGAUCAAGAAGAGGAACCUCUCCCUGCUGGUUGGGCCAUAGGUAUAGCACCAAAUGGCAGAACAUUUUUUAUUGAUCACAAUACUAGAGCUACUAGCUGGGAAGAUCCUAGGAAAAGCAAUCUGCAUCGUGGGGGAUCUCUUAAAACCACAGAAUCUCCAAGUCCGAUGUUUCGAUCAUCUUCUGUUGAGGAUUUGCUUCAUAAACUUGGUCCAUUACCACCUGGUUGGGAAGAAAGAACACAUGUAGAUGGUAGAGUUUUUUUCAUAGAUCACAAUAAUAAAACAACACACUGGGAGGACCCACGAUUACAAAAGAUCGGUGGUCCUGCUAUACCCUAUUCAAGAGAUUAUAAACGUAAAUAUGAAUACUUCAGAUCAAAGUUACGAAAGCCUAGCUCCCUACCUAAUAAAAUAGAUAUUAAAGUGACAAGAAGAAAUGUGUUUGAAGAUUCAUUUAGGUUGAUUAUGGGUGUGAAAAAUCCAGAAAUGCUUAAGACGAGAUUGUGGAUUGAAUUUGAUGGUGAAAUUGGUUUGGAUUAUGGAGGUGUUGCCAGAGAAUGGUUUUACUUGCUUUCCAAAGAAAUGUUUAACCCAUAUUAUGGUCUUUUUGAAUAUUCUGCUACUGACAAUUAUACUCUUCAAAUAAAUGCACUCUCUGGGCUUCUGAAUGAGGAACAUUUGUUAUACUUUGAAUUUAUUGGAAGGAUUGCUGGAAUGGCAGUUUUUCAUGGAAAGUUAUUGGAUGCAUUUUUCAUCCGACCCUUCUACAAAAUGAUGUUAAAGAAAUCAAUUACUUUGAAUGACAUGGAGUCUGUUGAUUCCGAGUAUUAUAACUCUUUAAUAUGGAUACAAGAUAAUGACCCAGCUGAGUUGGAAAUGUUUUUUUCUGUAGAAGAAGAUCAGUUUGGUGAAAUAAAAGAGAAGGACUUAAAACCUAAUGGGAGAAAUAUUCCUGUCACAAAUGAAAACAAGCAUGAGUAUAUCAACUGUGUUAUAAAAUGGAGGUUUUCUGCACGAGUUGACAGUCAGAUGAAAGCUUUUAUGAAAGGAUUUAAUGCUCUUAUUCCUCAAGAUCUGUUACAGAUAUUUGAUGAGAAUGAACUUGAGCUGUUAAUGUGUGGUUUACAAGAUGUUGAUGUUAAUAAUUGGAAGCAAAACACUGUCUACAAAGGAGAAUAUAAUCCUAAUCAUCCAGUCAUUAUAAACUUUUGGAAGGCUGUUUAUUCAUUUAACAAUGAAAUGAGGUCCAGACUUCUUCAGUUUGUAACUGGCACCUCUAGAGUACCAAUGAAUGGUUUUGCUGAGCUGUACGGCAGUAAUGGACCACAGUUGUUCACUAUAGAGAAAUGGGGUGAUACAGACAAGUUCCCUAGAGCUCACACAUGCUUUAACAGGCUAGACUUGCCACCUUAUCCAUCCUAUCAUGAGCUGAGAAACAAGCUAAUGACUGCCAUUGAAAACACACAAGGAUUUGAGGGUGUUGACUAACAGGACUUUUUUUUUAUCUAUAAAAUAUUUGAAAGGUUGUAUUUUUAAAUAUCAGAUAUUUUUAUUUUAUGAUAUUAACAUAGUUUUUUACCCUUGAAAGUAAUAGGUUUUCUUAAAAUUAUUUCUGAGUUUGAUGAAAAUAGUUACGUUCUAGUCACACCCGUUUCUUUUUUUUUUUUUGCAUUUUGGAAAAUUAAAAGCAUUGGAGGAGUCAUGUUUUCAGCUCUCUUGACACUGGUGCUUUAUUUGUGGUGCCUGAUUAAAUCACUGUAAGAAUGGAUUGUCUGCCUGUUGGUAACUUUUGUAAAUCUUCCAUAUGUAUAUAUGUUACAGCAACAUAUUCAACAAUCUUUUUUUUUAUUGUAAUUUGGAUACAUUUAUUUUCAAGCAAUUAUGUUGGAUUUCUGGUUGUUUGUAAAAGGAAUAUUUGGGAUAAAGGUUUGUAUUGAUUGGGAAAACAUAGAGUGUGUGACAUGUUUUCAUUUGUAUUAUUAUGUCCACAUAAUAUAAACUGUAAGGUCAUAACAGAAAGUCAAAUGUGUUGCAAUUUUAAUGCAUUUUAGUAUAUUAAUUGCAUAAUAGCACCAUUUUUUUGUUUCUUUGUGCUGUCGAGUUUGAGCAUGGUUUUGAUGGAAAACAGCUUGUGAGUGAAAAAACUGUUAUAUAGUGUGAUGUGAGAAUCUAAGCUGAGAAAAUAAAUAUAAAUAUUUUUUAAAUUUAUACUUGGAUGAGUGCACAAAAUUUAUGUUUUAUAAGUUCCCCACAUCAUCUUUUUAAACCUGUUCAUCUCUUUUUUUUAAAUGUAUUAUACAUAAAAAUGUAAUGUUAACACUUAAAUUGCUUUUCUAAAAAAGCCUGCAUUAACAACAUUCUAAACUCUAAGGGCUUUAUUAUUUGUGAGAGCAGAAUCUCCAAACAAUGCUAGCUACUAGGACAAAAGGAAAAUGAGUUGUGACAUUUACUUACAUAUAAUCACAUAUAAUCACACCUUUUUAUAGUCAGAUACAUUAAUAUUAUGCAUCAGUUUAUGUGCCCAUAUAUUUUUAUAUUUUCCAUUUCUAAAUUAUUUUGACUCUUUUACAAUCAUUAUAUGGGUGACAAUACCUUUUAAGCUAUUUAAUAUGUAAAAUGUACACUUUUUAAAAAGAAACUAAAUGAGUUAAAUAUUGUAUUAUUGUGAUGUAACUCAAAAGAAUUUAAAUAAUUUAGAACAUUCCCUUAAAACAUAAAUGAAGUAAUUAUUGUAAUUGUAGAUUUAUUUAUAAAAAUGUUCAUGUUUGCCUUGUUUUUGUAGAACAUGUAUUAUAGGCUUGUUUAAAGAAAAGUCUUAGUUCAAAAGGUAAAUGUUUAUUUAUAAGGCACUGAUAUAAUUUGUAACUGAUAAUUUCCUCAAAUGUUUAAUUAAAAUACAGAAAAUUGUAGGCCCAAUUAAAAUGUUAAACAUUUAUUUCUAAAAUCAAGGGCAAAUUUUUAACAAAAUUCUCCUUUUGGUCUUAUUCUGAUAAUGGCUUAUGCUUAAUAACUUAGCUUAUUUCCUUGUAUUUUUAACAAAAUAAACAUUCUAGUUUUAUAUUCGUAUAUAUAUAUAUAUAUUUCGGCGCAGAUGGUAAGCCACAUUGCAAAUUAGUAAUUGGGGUUUACUACUAGAUUUUAAAUAUUAAGCUUAGACUUUGACACAUAGUUUUGAAUACUUUCAUUUUUUAAAUAAUUUUUUCUAUCCCAGAGCAUGACUUAUAAGAAAUUGUAUUUGUUCACUUGCUAAGCAAUUUAUUGCCUAUAUUUUUUAUAUUGCCAGUGUGCAAGAAAGUGUAAGGAUAGGUUAGAUGAACUUUAAAAUACCUAUUGCUAUUUAUUUCAGUGUUUGGAGGAUGCAAAUCCUUAAUUUUCUAUUAAAUGUAACUCUUCAUUUGUUUACUGUCAUUAUCCCUUCCCUUAUGUUAUGACUGUGAUAAUACACAUUUGUAAAAAUGAAAAUGUUUUUUUGUUUUAAAUAUUAAUUUGUCGUAGAUUGUUUCGUAUUUCUGUGUACAAGACUAAACUAAUCGUCAAUGCAUUUAUCUGACAGUGCACUAAUUGUCAAUUGUGCCUUUUGGAUUUCAUCAUUGCCACAGUUAACUUGUUAGUUCAUUUUUUUUAAAAACCAUUUUGUCUACAAGAGGUAUUUAAUUUGCAUUUCAAUAAUGAAUAAUAGAUUAAAUAAAAGUUAAAAAGUGA